AGUGAUCGUUCGUGGAGUGUACUCAACGAUAACUUAAUAGAUGAUGAUGAUAAGUACCGUUUUUAUCCUUCUUUUAGUUCGGAGAAAUCCUGGAGCGUCCUGGGAUCCCAGGAUAUAGAUGACCGAUCACCAUUCGGCGUAAGCACCUAUGGAUAUGCAGCUGACGAUGAAAACUCGAAAGUUCACGAAUACAUUCGUGAUCAACAACAACAGCGUUUCGCACCAUUGGCACCUGUCGUAGAAAGACUCUCGUCACAACCGAUCUCUUCGUUUCCCGAACCGGAGUUCAUUCCAUCGCUUAAUGCGUCAACAAAAGAAUUCUUGGAGAAUACGUUCAAAUAUGAUCGAAAAAGUGACGAAGAUUUUGUUGAUCAAAUGACAACAAUGCAGAGCGACCAAAUUCAUCAUGAUGAUUAUCAAACAUCACAAAUUUCCAAUAACCACUCAGGUAGUAGAAGCAAUCGGAUAUUUGUAUGGACUUUUGCUAUGGCUAUCAUUGCCUUCAUCCUUUAUUAUAUCAUUGAUGAUAUUCCAAUCGGAGA